GGGAGAGAGGAGAACAUGGGUCGGCGGGCUGACCACCUCCAAUACCUCUGAGUCCAGUGAUGGAAAACUGGAGAUCUUUAUGUUUACGUUUUUAGUCAGCGAUUACUUGGGGAAAAGUCCUCCUUAUUUUCUGGCUUUUCACUCACGGGACACCCACAGAAAUCACCAACUAUGGAUUUUUCCCUGAUUGCGGUUGUGAGGAAUAAAUCGUUAUGGACAGUAUUUGCGAAGUCCGUGUGUUUCCAGCCAAGAGAGCUGGGAUUUUGGUGUCAAUAACAGAUUUUCAGUUUCGGGAUAUUGCGUCUGUUUGUGCGUAAAGGACAUGAACAUAACGGUUCCAUCCCCUGCUAUCUGAGAGUCUGCGCUAUGUUUUAGUUACUAUGGGGGGAAACUGUAGUUAGAAUAGAUGGUAUUUGUGUGACUGCUUCGUAUCUGCUGGCUUGGAUGCCAGUGCGGUUUGAGGCGAGCUUUUAUUGCGCGCAUACGAAUUGUGCGCUGCAGUUUUAGACGCUCUGUUACCACAGGUAAUCUGCUCAUCACUGCAUCGGGACCUGCAAGCUUUAACUGCCGUCAGGCCUCGCUAACCACUGAGAAACGUCUCACUGCUUAAUUUUUCCCCCCGAGUCCUGCAGUUUGAACUAAAGCUUGCAUAAACUCCAACUAAGGUGACAGACGCUUUUUAACCCUGCACCCAGUUCUUACUGCUUUGCAGGACUCAGCCAUGGCUUUACCAGAUAGCGGCAUAGCAGGGGAGGAAGUAACCUUCCCUGAGAUUAUAGAACUCAAUGUUGGUGGUCAGGUGUACAUCACCCGCUAUUCUACUCUCACAAGUGUGCCAGACUCCCUGCUAUGGGAGAUGUUCAGUCGAAAGUCCACCAAAGGACUGGCAAGGGACACCAAAGGACGAUUUUUUGUGGACCGUGAUGGCUUCCUGUUUCGUUACAUCCUGGACUACAUGCGUGACCAGCAGCUGGUCCUUCCAGACCAUUUCCCUGAGCGCGGGCGCCUGCAGCGGGAGGCUGAGUUCUUCAACCUGCCUGAGCUUGUGAAGCUGCUGGCACCCAAAAUCAGCAAGCAGAACUCCCUGGGUGAUGAAGGAUGUCAGAGUGACCCAGAGGACUCCUCACCUGGGAUUGACACAGCCCGUAACCUUGGCUCCCUGGGUGCUGCUGCUGCUGCCUGUGCCAGUCUCGUGCCUGGUGGUGUGGAUGGCAAAAGGUCAGGGUUUAUCACAAUUGGCUACCGAGGCUCAUACACUCUGGGGCGUGACAGCCAGACCGAUGCCAAAUUCCGGCGGGUGGCACGCAUCAUGGUUUGUGGAAAGACCUCCCUGGCCAAAGAGGUGUUUGGGGAGACACUGAACGAGAGCCGUGACCCCGACCGCCCACCAGAGCGGUACACAUCCCGCUACUAUCUCAAGUUCACUUUCCUGGAGCAGGCAUUUGACAAGCUGGCUGAUGCAGGCUUCCACAUGGUGGCCUGUAACUCCACAGGAACCUGCGCCUUUGCCCACGAGCAGACAGACGACAAGAUCUGGACCAGCUACACUGAAUAUGUGUUCUACCGUGGUUCAUCACUGACUUCCACGAAGAUGACUUUGAAACUCCCAGUCUCCAGUGAAGCUGUGACUUCCGAGCGUGCCGCUGCUCGUGUCGAUGCACCGACAGCAGAGUCGCCCAGCGGCAGGACACAAAGCCUUCCAGAGACCAACAGCGGCACAACACUGGAUUUACAAAACCCCUUGCCCCUGGACUGUCCUCCCCCUCCAACUCCUCCUCUUCCUCCUCCACCACCACCUCCUCCUCCUCCCCAAGCUCUGGACAGCCCUGACCUCCCUCCUUCACCGCCUCCUGCCCUGCCUCCAUCAAACCCAGAGUCCGUCUCCACCCCUCCUCCCCCCAGUCCGCCUCCCCUCGAAAGCCCCCAACGUCCGACCACCCUGAACCUGAAGACACUGCCCCGCCUCACCUCCAAGGAGAACGGCGCCCCCCCGGCCGGGGUUGACGAGGAUGAGGAGGAGAGGAAGAUGCUGGAGGAGGAUCUGAAGAAAUGCAUUGAGGACUUCAAGAAGAUCCGCAUGCCCAAAGUGUUCCCAGACCGCAAGAGGCACUGGCAAAACGACUUGCUCAAGAAAUACAAUGCAUAGAGGGCUUUAGCUUGUGGUGAAAAAAAAAAAGCAGGACAAUCCAACAAAUCAUCAGCUUGACUAAUUCAGAGAAGAAUUUACAAGAGUUCAGUGGAAAAUGUUACAAGCAGUGGUCUUCAGCUUCUAUGUGACCUCUGUCAGCAUGCGGCAACAAAGUUUACUCAUGAGAUUUAGAAAAUGUGGUAGCUUUUGCAUGUAAACAGAACUGAAGUUGACACAUUAAAUAUAGUGCUUGGGUUAAGCUGCUUUAGCAGUCAUGCAUACAGGACUAAACAACUGAGAAUAGUCUUUCCCAUCAUAGAAAACAAGAUACUAUCCUGAUAGAGAAUGUUAGUAACACUCCUUUCUACAAAGCUAAUUGGAAAAAAUACAUGAUAUCAUAACCACUGUGAAUCAUUUGCUUUUCACUCACUCUGUGAUAAAAAAAAAUUAUGUCAUGUCAUGUCAUGUCAUUAAUUAGACAUUUCUGACCUGCUCUCUGUACCAUUUCCAGUGAUCAAGCUGCUGGCUAAUGUAAGAUAAGUGUGAAAUUUUAGGCUUUUGACCUUGC